UUGGGACACACUUGCGCUGUGUGCGUAUGUGUUUGCUUCCUGUUUUUCUUCUCCUCAAGCCCCCUCUCAUUCAUAACAAAACGGAAUGCUUAAAUUAAAAAUAAAACAAAACACGAACGUUCAUUUACAGCACUGGUGAGAAGAAAAAUGCAACCUAUGAAGGCGCAGUUUCUGUUCGGUCUGUAAAGACCGUAACAAAUGAUAACGGCACCCCUCCAGCCCCAGUGCUGCGGCAGCCGACAAAAGUUCAAGGGCCCUUGUCAGUUGGAGAUUAGCGUGGCAUUGGAUUACUUUGCGGUCGCUUACAGUGAAACAAAGCGCGUUGAGAGGUUGAAGGGUCGAACCAGUGGGGCGGCGCAGCAUUUCUUCACUGCGGCCAUAGUAUCUCUACGUGAUGGCGGAAUCAACAGGUGACACAGCGAGCCGCCGUACUGGCGCAUUCUGGAAGAGGAAAUAUUAUGUGAUAAUAACUGGAGCAAGCGUUGGAAUAGGAAGAGCUAUAGCUCAAGCGUUCAGCCAAGAAGUCGCUGAGAAGUCCGUGUUUGUCAUCACCGGUCGCAACGCCGAGAAUCUCAAUGAAACCAAGCGCCUUGUCGGCCAAGUUGCUCCUGGCGUUGAAGUCAUUGCAGAAGUUAUGGAUCAUUCCAAGGCCAGUUUUGAUGAUUACCGAAAGCUGAUAACGGACACAUGGGCCAAAAUAUCUGAGGCAGACGGCGUUGUUCUGGUUCACAAUGUAGGCACGAUCGGUGAUGUGCACAAGUAUGCAAGCGCCUUCACUGACGAGAAGGAAAUUGACGACUACUUCCACCUCAACUUAACCUCUGUUAUGACACUGACUUCGGCCUUUCUUGAACAGUUUCCAAACAGUUCCACCCUUUCUCGGACCAUUAUCAACAUUUCGUCUCUUGCCGCUGUCAAGCCAAUGGCUGGGGCAAGCAUUUAUUGCACUGGGAAAGCUGCUAGACAAAUGUACAUGAAAAUUAUCGCAGCAGAAAAUCCAACGGUGACAGUUCUCAACUACUCACCUGGCCCUGUAGACACAGCCAUGCAGCAAGCAUUGCACCAUGGAGUAAAUGAGAUUGCUGCUGUGGCAAAAGGUGCGGUGGAAUCUGGUAUGCUUCUGACUCCGGAUGCCACAGCUCUUCGUCUGGUUCAAAUUCUUGGGGCUCAAGAAUUUCAGUCUGGGGAUCAUGUUGACUACUUCGAUCGAACGUAGUGCGUUGUGAACGUCGUGCUUGUUCUAUGGCCAUUCUUGGCAUUUAUUCCAAGGUUACAGUUUAUAACUUUUUUUUCAAACUGAACUAGAAGUGUAUUAAGGAUAUUGAUGGUUGAUGUAAGACAAAGCAUUAGAAGCGUAUGCAAAGAUGUGGGCCCAAUCAAAAAGCAAAACCAGCUUUUGUCCUUUUCAGGAAACAUGAAGUAGCAUUAUCUUGCUUAAUUUGCCAUCCCUUAUUAUUAUUCUUAACAUUACAAUGCAGUGAUGAUAAGCAGUGUGUCACAAGCAGUGUGUCACAAGCAGGUGUAACUUUGUUGUUGUUGCUUUUGUUUAAAGUCUUCAAGGGCAUGCACUUUGUGCAUGAACCAAGGUCACACUGUUCUAUUUUUAUGUGGAGAGAAUACUUAAGGGUACUGAUUUUUCUGCUGUAGUCUUGCUUGAUUUAAUCUUGCUACUUAGUACAAUAUGUAUUUAGCAACUUUAGGCCACCUUUCGUAAUGCUACUUAGCGGCUUUCAAAUUGCUGUGGCUACAUUUUCCCAGCUUAUUCAUGGUUGUACUGGCAGCGCAGUAUGCUUCGCAUUUACUUCCAGUGUGCUUGUUGAUCGUGCCAAUAAAAACUGCCAAUACAUAAUUGAAUUACUGUGCCAAUAAAUUGUGCCAAUACAU